UACAUAGACCACCAGCAGGUAUAGCUCCUGCUGAAAAUUAUUCCCAGUAUUUUCGAAUUACCGUGCAAAAACGAGCAACGGUCGUCGCGCGAAGAAAAAAGAGACUGACUAUGAAACGUACUAGUAUUCACCGAUCCUUCGACGCGGCCAAAUAUUUCUUCGCGAACGUUUAUGCUUUGAUCCCUUUGUCCUUCACUUUUUUCAACAAAAUUUCUCGCUGGCUAUUUCCUUCGGUAUAUAUAUAUCGACCUAUGUACGUUCGUGUGCGUUUUCGCGUUCGUCGAUCUUGACUCAAACGUCGCGAUUAGUUCAUACGAGGUACGGCGUGACGACGACGACGCGUCGCUUGCCACGUCGUUUUCCAUCGGGCGGACAAUGAUUACGAUGCACGGAUUUUUUUCUCCGCCUAUAUUUUUCGGCUCGUUCUCGUCUUUUUUUCUCGCGAUAACGGAGAACACAGCUGCGGAGCGACGUAAGGCUCGCAAAGUAGUUUUCAGCUUUUUCACUACGGCCAACGGUUGUGGAAAAAAAAGAGAAAGACGCGGUGGACUACGGUUUCCUUAAAUGCAUCGGAACGAUCAUUUUCCAGUGCGCGUUGCACCGUGAAUACUCGACGCGUCGCGUCGAUAGCACUACGAACGAGUGCAUCCCAUGGUCUUCCUACCUAUCCAUCCACCCACCCACCCACCUAUCUACCUACCUACCUACCUACCUACCUACCUACCUACCUACCUAUCUACGAAGCCACUUUUAUCGCGGCUUCCUUUUUCCUUCCCUCGUCUUUUCACCCAACAGUAUCGUCUCUCCGCGAAAAUGAAUUUACACGGAUAUCCGCGAAAGUAACGCGAUACUCGAUUUUCCGUAUCGGCGUUUACCACCCCCGAUUUUACCAACCGAGUUUGCUAACACCGACCACGGAAUAUCGAUGAAACGAUAGAAGGCGAUCGCAUCGCUCGCUUCGUCACGAUUCCUCGAAAAUGCGAGGCAUCCGCUUUCGUAGACGCUACGCUUCGCGAAAAGAGAAAGUAAACCACAUCCUUCCUUUCUCCCGUGUUUCGAUCGUACGCGUCGAAAAUCGUACGUUUCUCCGUCUUUGACUAAUUUUCAAACGUAACGUCUUUCCUCCCCCCUCCUUCCUCCUCCCUCCCCUUCCUUAGAUCGUAAACGCGAGACGAGGCGAGACGAGACGAGACGAGAGGCGUAGUAUCCUAUCUCUCUCUUUACGUAACUCUUUCUUGUCCAGAGCAUCGCGCUGUCUCGAACAGCGGCCGUUCCCCACCGUUUCUCUCGUCCGGAAAACGUCUCUCGACGGAAAAGUAAACGUUCGCGUUUCCCUACCACGUGACCUUCCCGACCGAUGGAUCCGCGAAGAAUCUUCUUUCUCCGGCGCGCGCGAAGAAACGAUUUUACCGUCGGCGAAAAUUACGUCUUACCUGGGACGCGUGGUCCGCUAUUAUUAGAGUCAACCCCCUGCGCGACAAUCGCGCGAUCCAUAAUUCAAAGGUGGGGAAGGGAGGGAGGAGGAGGAGGAGGAAGAAAAUUUUCAAGUUCUCGGGAUCGAAGUUACGCACGAGCGGAAACAUCGUAUCGCGCUAUGCGAUUACGGUAUUUAGAUGGAAAUUAUCGAGUGAUAUCUAUAUAAUAUAACUCCCCCCUCUUCCGGUAACCCUUUUCUUACGAACGCGCUUACGAAUCGACCGAUACCGUGGGAAAAGUGUACGAUGCGAGGAAUAUCGAUUCGACGAUCGCGCCGUAUCCCUGUAAUUUUCAAUUUUAACGGAAACUGGCAACAAAGCAUCGCUCCGUACAACGUUGCUCCGUACAAACCGAACAAACUUGAUUGUUUGUAUUUAGUCUCGAGCGUAAUAUUUGUAGCGCGGAGACCCAUUACGCACCACGCAGCUCCUCUCUCUCUCUCUCUCUCUCUCUUUCUAUCUCUUUCUCUCCCUCCCCCCUCCCCCUCCUCCCGUUCACGUCCAUCGACUUUCCCCGUGGUGUAGAGUGACACAGCUUUUAGACCGUUGGCUGGUAAACCGAACCGAUCGCUCCAAAUUCGAGCACGGUCACACACUUUGCCUCGUUCUUUUGCCCACCACCGAUCUCCGCAACCACCAACGCGAGGAACGAUUCGAACGAUUCGAAUUGUCCGCAACUGUGUGCGACCCGCUCUCGUGGCAAUCCAACGAUGCGACUAAUUUGGAUGCGGCGAAGCGCGUUACCGACGCUCGUUUGUGCGUGUCACGCGAACUUCCAAGAUCCAACGAUUACCUGCCCGAGAAAGAUGGACGAACGAGGACAAGAGGAAGAGGGAAGGACGACGCCUGGCGACAAAGAGAAAGAGAGCGAUGGCAACCGACCGUUGGCUCGCUCGUACGAAGUAGGAUAGAUUAAAUAGGAUCGUAUCCGUCGCCUGUGCAAAACGGAGGGCCACCAAAUGGGACACCGAUGAAUUGCGCUGGUUCUCAAGGAGUGAUGGUAAAGCAGGAAGCGAGGGAUGACGGUUACGAGACAAGUCCGGACCUCGAGAUGAGGAGCACCGGUGGUGACAGCAGUCAGCAGUACCACACGCCGCUGACACCGCACACACCGCACACACCACACACGCCGCACACACCCCUCACGCCGAUAUCGGCGACAGCGCAUCAACCCCAGCAACCUGCCUCCGCCGCUUCCACCCUCGGACAGGUGGCGAUCAAAUGCGAGACCCCGGUGGACCCGUACUCGUUCGUGGACGAGGAAAUGUCGAUGGGCGGCAUAAGGACGGCGAGCAGUCCGGUCGGGAAUCCCGAAAACAUGACGUGUCCAGGUGGAGGGCAAGCGGUGCUGGCUACACCUACGUCCACGCCGCCCGGCUCGCUCUCCGCACCGCAACAUCUUCAAAUGAACCUCGGCGUGAUGAACGGCAGCGUGAAUCCCCAGUUGACGGCGCAUCAACCGAAAAAGAGGGGCCGCAAGAGGAAAUCCGAGAUGAUUCUCACCCCGGAAGAAGCGGAGCUGGCCGAGGCGAAGAAACGAGCAAAGACGUACAAAGAGAGGAAGAAGCACGACAGAUUCGACGGUAUGCCGGAAGAGGAAGUGAGCAAGCGCGUGCUUCCGGAUCAUCUUACCAACAAUUUGGACAUUAUCAUAAUUGGAAUCAACCCAGGACUGUUCGCCGCUUACAAGGGUCAUCACUACGCCGGACCGGGGAACCACUUCUGGAAGUGUUUACACUUGAGUGGAUUGACACCCGAACCAUUGACGGCAGAUGAUGACUACAAGCUCUUACGCUUCGGUAUCGGUUUCACGAACAUGGUGGCUCGCGCCACCAAAGGCAGUGCCGAUCUAACGAGGAAAGAAAUCAAAGAAGGCAGUCACAUCCUGUUGGAAAAAUUACGAAAAUACAAGCCGAAAAUCGCUGUGUUUAACGGUAAACUUAUAUACGAGGUAUUCUCCGGAAAGAAGGAUUUUGGAUUCGGUAGACAACCCAACUUGGUCGAGGGUACAAAUACGUACAUGUGGGUGAUGCCAUCGAGUAGCGCGAGAUGCGCGCAACUUCCGCGAGCGGCGGACAAGGUGCCAUAUUAUGCGGCGCUGAAAAAGUUUCGCGAUUACUUAAACGGCACCAUCUCUCAUCUGGACGAGUCCGACAUAGUGUUCGCCGACGCGAAGUUGAAGAAGAAGGAGCAAGAGGCGAUCGAGGACAAGAAGCCCGCUUACUGCGAGGAGCUGACGAACGAUGGGGAGAGCAGGAUCGGCGAGAUGAACGGGAUCAAGCACGAUUCCCAGAUACCCGGGAAGAAGAAGAGGGGCAGGCCGAAGAAGAUCAAGAAUCCGGAAGACCAACCGCCCCCCGACCCCGAGAAAUUAGACGCGAACGGCGAGGUGAUAAAGAAGCGGCGGGGACGGCCGAAAAAGAUUCAUCAACAGCAGAAGCAGCAGGAGCGGGAGAUGAGGGAAAGGGAGCAGCAGCAGCAGCACCAACAGCAGCACCCGGGGAUGGGCCACCUGGGGGACGGUUACGGGAGCGUGGUGCCCAACUGUUUCUCACCGCCAAAGACGUUCGCGCACAUGGCCCCGUACCCCCAACCGAUCAACGAUUCCGGAUAUUACGGGCAAAGCUUGACCGACAGCCCCUACAGCAUAAACGCGAAACAGAGCCCGGUGCACCUGCAGCACUACAGCCAAAGUCCAAAGUCCAUGUCGCUCUCGUUCACCCAUUCCGACCUAUCCUCGGAGAUAAACACGGCCAUUUCCUCGGAGAACAACUUGGAACCGUCGCCGUUGACGUCCCCGAGCGUGGAGCAUCCGGACUUCGAGCCCCCCACGAGUAUAUCCCAGCAGAACAUGAGCAACGACCAUCGCCAGUACAACCCAGCCGGGAAUCCGGAGAACCACCACGGCAGCCCCGGGACCCCGUCUCACCCGAGUUACACGAGUUACAUGGGUUAUCACGAGCAGACGUCCGAGCCUCACAAUCCCCAUCCCCAUCAAACGACGCCGACACCGUUGAGCCAGACCACCGACGAACACUCGCACCACUCCCACCCCACACCCCCCCACACGCACCCCCACACGCCGACCCACGCCUCCAUGUCGCCGCACCACCACCCGCACGAGCAGUACGCGGCCAUGAAGAGGAACGGGGGGGGACAGGACGUUGCCUCGAAAAGUUUGAGCGAUCUCGAAUCUCUAGUCGAUCAGAUACCGAGCAUAGCCGACGGUGGUAGCCAACGUCUCCAACACUCCCACCCAGGGAUGGGGUCGGACGACGGGUCCCUCGCGGAAAAGAUGGAAGCCCACCAUCAGUCCUAUCUGUCCGGAUUCUCCGCCAUGCCCAACGCCGGCAUGUCCAACUACAGUCCCCCUCUGGCGCCCGCCGGUGCUAUUUAUCCAACUUCGUUGCAUCACUCGCCCAACGACGGUUACGGUUCCCUUUACGGCAUGAACGGGCGUCAACAUCAAGACUCGCAACAGCAACAACAACAGCAGCAGCAGCAGCAGCAACAGCAGCAGCAACAACAUCAGCAGCAGCAACAGCAGCAACAGCAACAGCAGCAGCAGCAGCAGCAUAGCAAAUCUUACACGGUGGAGAACCUAGCGUCUAGCAAUUACACGCCGAGCAUGAGCCACGGGCAUCCCGGUAAUUCGUAUCCGAAUAUAAUCCCCGGACCUCAUUAUCCCGUGCCAAUGGGAUCGACGAACGGGUAUCUUUUCGGUGGCCUUGAGUCAAGCUUGAUGCAACGAACCUACGGGAUGAGCGGUAUGAGCGGUAUGGGGGGAAUGCAUCCAUCCCUCGGUCAUAUGGCCAAUCCUUAUUCCUACAAUGGUUCGUACUCUAGUUCCUUCGACGCCUAUCCGGCCCCACCGGCUGGGAUUCACGCGCCCAGCGCCAAUUAUCCCGGCGGUUACACGAGCGUUGGUAGCACAACGCCGGGUACUUCGCCGGGCACGACGCCGCCGUCUUACCUCCCUUCCCAUCACAGACCGUCGGUCGACCUCGCUUACGAUGGUGUAUGAUAAUCGAUGUAAAACUAUUCCACGUACAAACGCGCACGCUCACACACACACGGACACAGGGACACAGGCACACGCACACACGGAGACACAUACGCGUAGACAGACACACACGUGCAAACAUAGAACAUGCAUAGACACGCGCUUACGCUCACGCUCUCACUUCAUCCGUAUCUGCGCGUACCUGCUCGCGCGCGCGUGUCAAUCCAUAAAAUCAGGCACACAAAGGUAUGCACAGGCAAGAGACGGAGGGACGGACAGACGGACAAACGGACGGGCAACAAGCAAACGAUUCGAGCGCUACGUUUAUCUUUUCUACGUAUUUUUACACAGUUUAGGAUCCGCCGGUACAAUCGCCUCCUGGCGUGACUUGAUACUGCGAUUUGCGCGCGCGUUUUCUCUUCCCAAUCCUUCCUUCUUUCGCCCAUCAACCUCUCUCUUUCUAUCCUUUCCAUCCUCCGAUCGGUCGCUCCUUUUCUCACUUCUCGAUCCGCCCUUUCGAUUUUCUCCCUCCAACCUCUCUUUGCGUUACACGGCUCGAUUAACUGUUACCUAAGAGUACCUAUAUGCCGCGAGUAGCAACGAGCGCACGGUUCGAAAUUGCGUUGAAAAGUGUGAAAGGGAAAGAAGAAGAGGAUAGAGCGAAGAAACGAACUGCACGUGCUACGAAAUCAGUUGAUAUUAUUGUACGGAAACGCGUCAAUAACUCGAAAGAUGGCGUGCUCGUCGAUAUUGCUAUUCGCCUCUGUUCGCGGUGAUCGCGCAUCGAUCCUCGAUAGUGGAAAAUGUUCAACGUUGAUCGCUUUUCUUCAUCGUUUUCCGACCUUUACUGUUACACGCUUUCGUUAUUGUUGACAAUUAUUCGGAUGUUUCGCUUUGUAAUGGCGAGCAUGUGCGAUCUGUUGCUGUUUCAACGAAUCGGUAUACAUUUCUUUCCGAACGUGACUCGUUACAACUUGGGAAAUUGACCGUACACGUAUAUGUACCUCCUUAUUGUUAUUUUAUCCUUUUCCCGCUCCUUUCGUUGUACGAGAGAAGGUAUGUAGUUGGUUAGUUUGUACACGACGAAUCGUUUACAUCACGUUAUUACCUGUAAUCGAUGUAUCCACAAGUGAGAUUGCUAUUUGAUAAGCGGUAGCGUUCGACUUUUGUUCGAGCAUUUUUUACAAUCCAGUGGACAAAAUAUAUCCGAAUUGGUGGAAUAUAUAUAUAUAUAUGUGUAUAUAUAUGUAUAUAUGAAUAUAUGAAUAUAUAUAUAUAUAUAUAUAUAUAUACGUAUAUAUAUAUAUAUAUAUAUAUAUACACGCACACACACACGAUACAAGUUUGCGAUCGAAACGUUGAUCGAUAUAUAAUAGUCGUCGAGCGAUAAUAACGCGCUCUAUAAUCGGAACGAAAAAUCACGAAAGUCGAUCGAUACAUCGAAAGAUGAGAGAGGGAUAUGACAUGUGUUCGAUGAUAUUCCGAAAAAUUUGGAAAUAUUUUCAGUUCGUGGUGUAAACAAAUGCGAUGUCGUUUUUCGACCGCUGCAUCGUAUACACAUAAGUAUAUGCGUGUGUUAUACAGUGUAUGAUAUACGUUACGUCAAAACAAUAACACGUGUACGCGUGGGCACAUGAUUAAUUGAAAACUUUAUAUGUUUAAUGCGAAUCUAGUCAAUUCGAUUCGUUGAAUCGUGGCGGUUUAUCGCAAUCGACCGAGUAAUUUUGCACGCGGUUUAAAUUGAAAAAGAAAACUAAUAAAUGGAAUGGAUCGUGAUUAAAAUUAGUCGAUCGUGGAUAAAGCAUUUUAAAUUAAAUUCUAAAAUAUUAAUUGUAAUCGUGCGAAACGUUUCUAAAUUCUGUGCGUUAUUUUUUUUUUUUUUUUUCUUUUUCUCUUCCGUUUUACGAUCUUUGUUGUACGACUUGUAGAAAAACAAUUCGCUUGAUUCGCUUCCGUUAGAAACGAAGAUGUUCCAUCUAACGGACAAGUAGCGACGAAUCAUAACCUAUACGUACACAGUAUGGUAGGACUUAACAGAUAUGCAUCGAACAAUAAACGCUCACGAUCGACGAUCAUCUUUUGAAAUUUUAGUCGUCUUACCUCCUACUAUAUCUACGUAUAUGUACUGUAUUCCGUAUUCCGUUGCGUGUACACGUGAUUGUGCCACAGGAUGGAAACGACUCGAUGCAACUGAAAUGAUUUUACGAUAACCGUUUCGAUUGCAUCGUUUUCAUCAACGUAUACGGAACGAAUGAUCCAAGAUCGAUCGACGCAUAGGCGCUUCCAUAGAUUUGUAUCCUAAUUUUUCUUCUAAUUUGAAGAAAUAUAUAGAGAAUAUGUAUCGGAAAAGUGGAUUGGAAAGAUGGAUUGGAAAAUGCGGAAAAAUCGAUCUGUUUGUAAAUUAGAAAAUAGUGGGAAAGAAGUGGAGUGAAAUGGAAGAGAUGGUGGGCCGCGAAUAAAAUCUCGAUAGUCGAUUCGAUAGACAUCCUCGCUUUCGUACCUCGCACUCGCUACAGCCAUAGCCAUAACCGUUCUCGUUGCAAUUUCUUUAUCGGUUAAUGCGUAUCGGUUAAUCGUUGACUAUUGACGUCGUUGUGAAAUAUCAUGCGUUACCGUGAUUUUUAUAGUUAUCGCGUUAUGUUGUUUCUCGUUUAAUUGUAUAUUUCAUUGCCGCAUUUCGAGCAAUCGAGAAUUACAGUGUUUAUCGAUACACGAUCACGAACAGUCGAUAUAGAUGUAUGCUAUAACCGACAUCUUCUUUUUGUCGCUAAUCAACGCUGUAAAAUUACGCAUCUAGCAUGGUUACAUGCAAAGAAAUAAAUAUAUGCACGCGUACGUAUACGCGUAUACGUACCUACAUAACAAAUACAUACAUAUGUAUAAGUAUACACACGUGUACGCGUCGCGUGCCUAUACUUAUAGAAUACACAUACAAAGUAUAAAUAUUAUAUAUUGACUAUCUACGAUAAGCGAGAAACAUUUAUCGAGUAAUCACAUAGGAUGUGUUGAAACAUUUAAAAUGAUGCACAGGGUAUAGAUGAGAAAAUCGUUGAUAUAAUAACUGAUGUCUAUAUAAUGAAUGUUUCUUUUGUUCUAUCGGCCUCAAGGACACAAAGCGCGUACGAUCGACAAUUAAUCUAUGGUAGAUGUUUUUCAGAAUUCAUUCCGAUUCAAAAAGGACGGUUCUAGUAUAAGUGUCGUCGGUGUUAAUCGUUCGUCGAUAAUGAAAAAAAGAAAAAAGAAGGAAAGGGAAACAGGGAAACGGAAAUGAAUGUAUGCCGUGCCGAACGGAACGAACCAUCGCUGCGAAUUAAUCGAUCCUUUCGAUUAAUCGAAUCAAUCGAUUGUAAAUUGAUCGCUAAGAAUUAAGUAUUAAGUAUAAAUAUAUUAUACAGAUUUAA